CUCUUCCCCCCCCCCCCCUCCCACCUUUUCUUCAACACAUUAUAACCCCUCCUAUCGCGGUGCUUAACGCUCACCCGCCUUUCUUUUCGAGCGUUCCUUUUUUGUUUUCCCUUGUGGCUGGACACCCACUUUCGCCUUUACAUACCCGUGAUUCCCCCACAUAGGAAUGAUCAGACAUCCCAACGAACUUCUGUCGUCGACACGUUUAAGGAACCGGUGCGAGCUCACCCAGGGAACCAUACCACCGAACUCGACUAUUUUUGUUUGAGAAGGAUUCGACAGAUACACACACAUGGCUCCGUCAGCUCCCGGGACAGCCAGCAACUCGCCGGCUAAGAAGGCGUCAGCUCCAGAGAAGAAGUACAAGUGCCAAUUUUGCAAUCGCGCUUUCAGUCGCAGUGAACAUCGUAGCAGACAUGAACGGUCACACACAAAAGAACGCCCUUUCAAGUGCCUAAAAUGUCGGAGUACCUUCGUUCGUCGCGAUCUUUUGUUGCGCCAUGAUCGAACUGUACACGCCAAGGAUGGCGGAAUCCCUCUGGUCGCCGAGGGCCGCCGACGUGGUGGUGGUGUUCAGAAGUCCACAACUUCUGCCCCCUCCAAACCCUCAAUCACAAUUGACCCAGCGACUCUGGAGCAGAUUGAGGCAAGCAGUGAUGGUAUGGUGGACCUUGAAACUGCAGCCAUGUUGAUGACAGAUUUCCAACAUAAGGCUGCAGCAGCGGCGACUGGUCAGGUUUCCGAGCGCUCUGAAUCGCUGUCCCCCGGCCAAGGCUCUUUCGAGCCCUACCUUUCUGGCAACGCUACCCUGCCACAAAUGCCCUGGGACACUCUCGUUUCGCCCGCCGAUGCCGGCUCAAUGCCCACCCUCGUCGACCGUCACGGCCCCGUCGGAGAUGUGCUCCUGUCGAACUCUAUGCCCAUGUCUGGCAACUCGACCCCGAACGCGCUCUCCCCCUACCCCUCCAUGACCGGUCCCGUAAGCCCCGUAAACUACCGUCGGUCUCCCGGUCCUAGCCAAGCCUUGACUCUCCCCAGAGCUCCGCAAAUCGUGGAUGAGAUGGAACGCAACCUGGUGGUGGAGCGUGUUCAAAAUGCAGACAGCCUUGGCGGUCUCCCCGAGACCUUCCAGAUGCCAGGUCUUAUCGCAUUGAACCGGUACCUGUCUACCUACUUUAACCUGUACCACCCUCAUUUGCCCUUCCUGCACCAGCAAUCAUUCAACCCUACUACCGUGUCUGCACCGCUAUUGCUCGCAGUUCUCUCGAUCGGCGCGCUCUACACCUUCGAGCGCGAGCACGCUUUUAUGCUACACGUCGGCUCCAAGGUUUUGGUCAACCAGUUCCUGCAACACAAGGAUAACUUCGAUUCUCGCAAGUGCCCUCUUUGGUUGAUGCAGAGCACCCUGCUGAACAUGGUCUUUGAGAGCUGGAGUGGUGACCCUAAGGGUCUUGAAUGGACUUGCUCUAUCAAGAGUCUUCUCGCCAACAUGGUCGCCGGCAACCGGUACCAGCUCAAGGUGCGGACUGAUGCUCGCCAAGGUAUUCCGACCACACGUGAGGAUUGGAUUGAGGAUGAGUCGUGCCGUCGUACCUACUUCGCGGUGUACAUUUUCUUCGGCAUGUUGACUCUCACCUUCAACCACACCCCCGCGAUGAGCUUUGACGAGUUCGACAACCUCGAGCUCCCAUCCUCGGAGUCCCUCUGGAACCUGGACCCAUCCGACGAGGAGACCUGGCGCCGUAGCACUACCACCAGCACUCUCACCGUUCGUGAGGCUCACGAUUUCUUGUUCCAGGGCGAGCAGACUCGUUACAGUGCCUUCGCUACCCGUGUUCUGAUCAACGCUCUCUUCUUGCAGGUCUGGAAUCACAAGCGCAGCUUUGAGGCUUUGCAAGACGUGGUUACCGAGUACAAGCUUCGUCUGGCUCUCGAAACCUGGGAGAGCUCCCUCGAUGUGUGUGAGUCUGAGACCAUUGUUGUCCCGCUCAGCACUCCUCAGAAGGGUCAUCCUUUGAUCUUCAACUCGAUGGCCGUCUACCGCAAUACUCGCGCCCGCCUGGAAGUUGAUCUGAAGUCCAUCCAGGAGGCCAUGCGUUACCACUCCUCGUAUGAAGUGGCUGCUGCCAUGACUGUCGCUCGUGAGAAGGUCAAGCGCGGACAGGAGAUGAACAAGGUCGUUCAGCAAUGUUUCGAGUGCAUUGAGAUUGCCGCCAUCCAGGGUAUCAACUGGGUUGCCAAGACCUCCGCUACCAACUGGAGUGUCGAGCACCCCCUCUGUGGCCUGGAUUUGAUGGUCAUUCUCAGCCUCUGGCUCUACCGCCUGGAACAUGACGAAGAGCCAGCUACUGAGGCUGAGCUGGCUAUUUACAACAAGGUGCGCAACUUGUUUGAUGAUGAUGCCAUCGACGCUUUUGGUAAACUCAGCUCUACUGUGGCCCGUGUAUGGGGUAACAUCCUGGACGGCGUGGUUGUUUGGGGUAUCACAAAGUUGAUGGGCGAGUCAUUCAAGCUCCACUCUCAGGCUCUGGUCGGCUAUGAGGAUUCCUUGCGCGUUGGCAAGGACCAGCCGAUCCACGCAGUCCCUACCAAGUCGCUUGCUAGCGUUGGCACUGCGUACUAAUCUUUCUCUACUCUUCUUUGAUUUCUGCAUCUUUGAAAUCUUUUUAUGUUUUUUUUUUCGGGCUUUCUUACUCUCAUUUGUUGGACGCUUUAUGGGACAUGGGAAAACUCAGGAACGGGUACACCGGUGGGCAGGCGGGGUGUUUAUGGCUAUGGGAAUACGUCGCCGUCAUUCUGCAAUCUGCCUUUAGGUGUGAUUCCUGACUUUUCUACUACUUUGGGUUGCAUCUUUCCCCCUGAUCUAUCUUUGCACCAGGGAGUCCGGUGUGGUGUUUUCUGCUUUGGUCCCCUCUUCAACACCUGGCUGGUCCUGUGUGUUCUUUCGCACUCGAUGGAGUUUUUUGUUUUUCUCCUUAGCCCCUAAUCGUGCCCCCGUCCAUCUGCUUUUUUGAUCUCUUGAUACCUUUUGACUUUACGGUUUCUGA